UCCAGUUCGAACCUGUGUAACGGCACCGAGAGAGUCCCUCUGAGCAAGAGUUCGGCUUCAAUCAUCAUCGCCAUCAUCAUUACUGCUCUUUACUCUAUUGUCUGUGUGCUGGGGUUGGUGGGCAAUGUCCUGGUCAUGUAUGUCAUUGUCAGGUACACUAAAAUGAAGACAGCUACCAAUAUCUACAUUUUCAACCUUGCUCUGGCUGAUGCCUUGGCCACCAGCACACUGCCUUUCCAAAGUGUCAACUACCUGAUGGGAACUUGGCCCUUUGGGAAGCUGUUGUGCAAGGUGAUCAUGUCCAUUGAUUAUUACAAUAUGUUUACCAGUAUAUUUACCCUCACCACCAUGAGCAUGGACCGUUACAUUGCUGUUUGCCACCCAGUCAAAGCUCUGGAUUUUCGCACACCACGGAAUGCCAAGAUUGUCAAUGUCUGCAUCUGGAUCCUGUCCUCAGCUAUUGGACUGCCCGUGAUGAUAAUGGCAACUAUAAGGUUUGACAGUGGAGUAACAGAUUGUACACUGAAAUUCCCACACCCUUCCUGGUACUGGGACAACCUCUUGAGGAUCUGCGUCUUCAUCUUUGCCUUUGUUAUGCCAGUCCUGAUCAUCACUGUGUGCUAUGGUCUGAUGAUCCUGCGCCUGAAGAGUGUUCGGAUGCUCUCCGGCUCAAAGGAGAAGGACAGGAACCUCCGGAGAAUUACACGGAUGGUUCUUGUGGUGGUGGCUGUCUUCAUCAUCUGCUGGACGCCCAUCCACAUCUACGUCAUCCUGAGGGCCCUGGUGAAGAUCCCAUCCACUCUCUUCGCAGCAGUGGCCUGGCACUUCUGCAUUGCCUUAGGCUACACCAACAGCUGCCUCAACCCCGUCCUCUACGCCUUCUUGGAUGAGAAUUUCAAGCGGUGUUUCCGGGAGUUCUGUGUGCCAACUUCCUCAACCAUUCAGUACCAGGGCUCCAACCGGGUUCGGAACCAUGCCCGGGAGCUGCCAUCCACCAUCCACACGGCUGAUAGGACUAACCACCAGGUAUGA